GGCAGAGGAAAUCAUUUCUUCCUCUUGCUUUUGAUUAUCCGCUUCGUUCCGUUGAAGACGACGCGGCGGAGGAAGAGAGUUGGCGCCACUCCUCGUCUUCUUCUCUCUCUGAGUUGACGAUUUCAAAAGAGGGGAAAAACCCCAUUUGAAAAGAGACUGCGACGGCUAAAAGGAAGGGCUUCGUUCAACGAGGGACUCCUCCUACUUUUGACUCUUCUCUCUCUCUUUCUCUGUCACUUUCUCUCUGGAAUCAGAAGAUUGAGAGGAAAACGUCGUUUCUCUUGGUCGUUUCUUCGACAUAAGGAAACGCGAUUAGCGGAGUGCUUGGCAUUAACGAUGGAGUUACUGCUGCUGAUGAUGCAGUGACCGACGCUUCCAUUGCCGGUCGAUUACACGGCCACUGUUGUCGAGAUCUUGUCCGACUCGGGCACCCGCAAACGUCGCCAGUGUUCACGUUGGGAGAUUUCCUUUUCCGUGCUUGAAAUCGCUUCUCCAGGAAUUCGAAUUUAGGAUAACUCCGAUCGCUGCUGAGCGUGGAAUCGGAUAGCUUCUGAGAGACAGAGGAUGGCCUGUCUCCUGUAACUUCAGCGGGGAAAUUUGCCGUCGACGGCUGGAAACGCAUUUCUUCCGAGAGAGGGGAAUGGUUGCUGUUCUACUUUACUUUUGUGGACGGCGAACGAGGUUCUGUGACGAGGAAUGAUUGUAUGGCAAUAUAGAAGCCGGCGGGUUUCCCGGAAUUUUUAGGAUAGUAAAUUGUGGAUUUUCUGGCACCUACAUCUCCCGUAAAACCAGGAAUCCAGGGGAGCCGUCAGGUUUAUUCCGAAUCCCGAUCCCUUCAUCAUUGGAUUAGACCCUCUCUCUCUCUCGCUCUAGUUCACACGGGAAUUCAUUAGACCUAUCGUCCCCAAGAAAGGAAAUUAAUUCGCAGCCAUUUCUGUCUGCGUCUCCUCCGUCUCUAUCGAUGGGUUGUGCGAGUUCGAAAAGGUUUCGCCGCCAUGGCAGCCCCAACUCCUCCUGGUACCCUCUCCCUCGCAGCCGCUCCCUGCCCGUCCACGACCUCCUUCGGAAGAAUGAUGAUGGCUGCCACGUUGUUUCCCUCUCGUCCACCACGCUGGGCAGCCUCAAACUCGACGCCUUCGACGAGAAACUCUUCGCAGAGGCAAGGAAGGAAGCGGAGAGCGUCGAAGGAGACGAUGGCGGUGGGCGCGACUCAAAGCGCGAAGAAAAUCGCUCUCCGGCGGCCAAGGUGCUGGAUUGGUCGACGGCCAUGGAGACGGCGAACCGGCAUCGGGCAGGCUCGAGGAAGUUCACGCCGACCGCAACGCCCCCCGGCGAGCCCGAGACUCUGGAUGUGUGGGAGCUCAUGGAGGGCCUCGAGGAGCAUUCUCCGCUAUACCUCCCCAGCUACCGCAAUUCCACCGCCGCCCGCUCCUUCUCCUUCCACGCCGUCCUGCCCAAGCCGCCCUCAGCCGCCGGUUCCCCCGGAUCGGUCUGGUUGCAGGUGGGAGACUCGGAUCCUUCCGUGGUCCUCGACUUCGAUCCGGAUAUCAUCGACACGUUCCGUAAGGCUCUAAAUCACCAACUCUCUCCUAAAACAAACCCGAGCCCCGCCGCUGCCGACGAACCGGCUGAGGAACCCGCAGAAUCCGUCGGUUCACCAGAUGAAUCAGAUAAAGAAGAGGAAUCGGAUAAAUCAGAGUCAGAGAGCUUGAAGGCGAGCUCGCCGGCCGGCGAGCAGUUGGCGCGGAAGGCAUCCCGCGUGGCCCCACUUAACGACUGUCCGCCACGCGGCGAGGAUGGAGCAGUGGUUCUCUAUGUGACGAGUCUCCGUGGCAUACGAAAAACCUACGAGGACUGCCGUGCGGUGAGGCUGAUACUAAGGGGACUGGGCGUGCUGGUGGACGAGAGGGACGUAUCCAUGCACUCCGGAUACAAGGAGGAGCUCAGGACACUGCUCGGCGAACCGGGGCCGGGGCCGCUGCCGAGGCUCUUCAUAGGUGGCCGGUAUGUUGGCGGCGCCGACGAAGUCCGGCAAUUGCACGACUCUGGGAAGCUGAGCGCAAUGGUGGAGGGGCUGCCGCUGCGGGCGGUCGGCGGGUCGGCGUGCGAGGGUUGCGGUGACAUAAGAUUCGUGCCCUGCGAGACGUGUCAUGGCAGCUGCAAGGUGUAUGAGGAGGACAGGGACGAGUUCCUGAGGUGCCCGGACUGCAACGAGAACGGUAUCGUGAGGUGCUCCCUAUGCUGUUGAUACUCAUUAGAGCAUUUCCUUUGUAAUUUUUGGUUUGUGGGGAUCCCUUACGUGGUAUUCCUCUUUUUUUUUUUUUUUUUUUUCUUCUUAGUUUAAAGGGUAAUGUUGUAUGUGGAAACUGAAAUGUGGGUGGUGGUGAAGCUUAGUUGGACUCUGUGUACAGAAGAAGAGUGUAGAGUUUGACAGAAGAAAUUUGAUGCUUGAUUAAAAGCAGAAAAUGGAUAAAAGAUUUGAAUACACAACGAGAAGCAUUGAAUUGAAUGAGAAAAUUUUCCUUCAUCU